CGGCAAAGUCGUUUGAAGAAGUCAGUCGACGGUCGCACGUCCUCGCGAUUCGGGAAUAACGAUCACCGAGGACCGAGAGGAGACGGCAAAGAAAGAAAGAAAAAGAGAGAGAGAGAAAGAGAGGAAUACGGUCUAGGGGUCGUCAGGAACAACGGGAACCCCGGCUUCAUUGCCGGAAGAACGCGAUCGUCGGAAUUCUUUCUCCAGUCUUUGCCAGCUUCGCGAUUGCGAUUUCUGUACGGUAUCGCGGCCUGGUCGCACGGUUCCUCGACUUCUGGUAGCAAGAAGAUGCGCUGAGCAGCAACCCCGAAGAAUGUCAAUGGACGAGACGCAUGGGGGCGGCAUGGUCUCCGCAAUCCUAUCAUCGGCUGUGCUUCUUCUCCUGCUGAUGGGACGCGCCGCGGACGCUCAGAGGAGCUUGGAGUUCUACGAUCUCCUGCCGGAGGACCCGAAGCUCUACGACAAGAUGCGGCCGCCGAAGAAAGAUGGACAGGCAACCGUCGUCUAUUUCCACGUCACCGUGAUGGGCCUCGAUUCCAUAGACGAGACGUCCAUGACUUACGCAGCCGAUAUAUUUUUCGCUCAGACCUGGAAAGAUAACAGAUUACGGUUACCGGAGAACAUGACGUCCGAAUAUAGAUUACUAGAAGUGGACUGGUUGAAGAACAUGUGGCGGCCGGACUCGUUCUUCAAGAACGCCAAAUCCGUGACCUUCCAGACGAUGACCAUACCUAAUCACUACUUGUGGCUGUACAAAGACAAGACUAUUUUAUACAUGGUCAAACUAACAUUGAAACUAUCCUGCGCCAUGAAUUUCCUGAUCUAUCCCCACGACACGCAGGAGUGCAAGCUGCAAAUGGAAAGCUUGUCGCACACGACGGACGAGAUGAUCUUCCAAUGGGAUCCCGACGUGCCACUCGUCGUCGACGAGAACAUCGAGCUGCCGCAGCUGCAACUGGUUAAGAAUUACACGGCCGAUUGCACGCAGGUCUAUUCGACUGGUAAUUUCACUUGCCUCGAGGUAAUCUUCGUUCUGAAACGUAGGCUCGGAUACUAUUUGUUUCACACCUACGUUCCUACUUGUUUGAUCGUCAUUAUGUCGUGGGUGUCCUUUUGGAUAAAACCGGAGGCAGCACCAGCGAGAGUGACCCUAGGCGUAACGUCUCUGCUGACCCUUUCAACGCAGCACGCGAAAAGUCAAGCGUCCCUGCCUCCGGUUUCGUAUUUGAAGGCAGUGGACGCGUUUAUGUCGGUUUGCACGAUAUUCGUGUUCAUGGCACUAAUGGAAUAUUGCCUGGUGAACAUCGUUCUCGGUGAUUCGGACGCGCCAGCUGCGAAACCGCCGCCUCCGCCUGCACCGCCUUCUUGCGGUGGUCCAGAUUCAGCGAAACUCGAUAAAAUAUUCGACAUCGCCACCAAGGAGAACGCCGUGUUGCUGACCGGUCGAUCCCAGAAUUCGUCGGCAGGUCCGAUCCCGGUCCCCAUACCCGGUCCAGCGCGCGGUGCUCCGCCAGGUCCGGCAAGAGGGGGCCCACCAUCCGGGCCUCCACCGGGCCCUACGCCCGCUCAAAAGGCGCGGAUGCGGGCGCUGAACAUCGACCGGGUCUCGCGAGUCUUCUUCCCAUUCCUGUUCGCUGUGCUAAACGGAACUUACUGGAUUAUGUUUGCCGAGUACAUUUAAAGGGGUGCCGGAAGCUGACGACUACCCUAAACGGCCUCUCUCUGUCACUCAACGAGCUCGAGGAACACGCGAGAAGACGCCGCCUCGAUGGAACCUCGACGGAUACCUUGAUGGAUCGUCGAGGGAUCGUCGCCCGUGGACGUUCGUGGACGCGGGACGAGGCGGCUCUUCGGGAUGUCCUUCGGGACGUCCGUCGUAAGGUUAUUCAUUAAUAAGGUUGUUUUUUUCAGACGGUCGUAACUAAUCGAACAGUGUGAUACAGAAGAUAGAAGACGUUCAGGGUUCACUUCGGCCGGUAGAUCGAAAAGUCUGGUACAAUCGGAUCGAGAAUGAUCGAAUGGUUCACGGACGAAUGAUUUCAUGUAAUCGUUGGUACACUGAAUCCUAGCGUCGAACAGUCUGUAAAUAUUAAUUGCCUGAGGCUCGGUUUCGUCGAUUUCGGGACUGCCGGGUGUAAUGCUUCGAGAAACGAGUAUUCUUCGAUGAUUUCGUUCGGUCGUUGUUGUCUUUCAAUUUAGUUCUGUAGUGGCUAUGAUAUUCUGAAUUGAACAAGUUUCUGAAUUCAACGUUAUAACCAAGUUAAUGAUCGAUAAAUUGAGCACGAAGGAAGCGAUAAAUUAAGCACAUCGUCGAACGUUAUGUUUCGUUUAUUAUCGUUCGGUCGUUGUUGUCUUUGUAUUUAGUUCUGUAGCGGGUACGAUAUUCUGAAUUGAACAAGUUUCUGAAUUCAACGUUAUAACCAAGUUAAUGAUCGAUAAAUUGAGCACGAAGGAAGCGAUAAAUUAAGCACAUCGUCGAACGUUAUGUUUCGUUUAUUAGGAACGCUAAGGAUAUUAUUCCGAGCAAUUUUAUUUAAGCUUCUUAUUUCCACCACAGGGUGAUAAUUUUAUACUAGAUCGCGUCACGAUACAUAGAAUAUAAUAAUUCGUUUUAUUGAUUGCCGAUGAACUGAACAAGGAAGAAUUGAUUAUGAAGAAAACGUAGGGGCGAAUUACAAAAUAUUGUAGACGUAUAAUCAUGUUUCAUUGAACAGCAGCAAGAAGCGUUCCAAAAGAGGAUUAUUAUAAUCGUGCGAUUUAUAGUAUUCGAUUUCUGUACUUGCGUCAAACAGGAGCAGUGUUGUAGAAGAUUGUACCAAUUGUUGGAAUUCAAUUAUUUCCUUGAUCAACUAACGACAGAUUAAACCGGAAGAGAUUUACGAUGAAGGAAAUCUAGGUGAAAUUACCAAUUAUACGUCGCGUUUUAUUUCGAGCAUUUCGAAAAAGAAAUUUCUAUCUAAAAUCAUCGUGUACUAUACGUUAAUUUGAUUGUUUCUAUUUGUAUGAACGAGCAAGGGUUUUCCACGAAAUUUUGUUCGAAUUUCGUGCCGCAACAGAAAAUGACGUGAAAAUUUCUCAGAGAUUAACGAGAACAAACGAUAAUCUAUCCAUCGUUCCUCGACUGUACCAUGAUUUUCAAUCUACAUAUUCUGUGCAACAAAGCAGCGUGGGCACAGCGUUCGCUUAAGUCCGUUUCCAGCAACUCGAUUACUGCGAGAAUUCUGCGAGAAUUCUGCGAGCGUUCGGGGCACGGAUAAGCUGCGGGUUCUAUUCAAACGUGCGAAAUAAAUCGUGAGGAACGAAGAAAAUAAUUGUCACACGAUGGCGAAGUGAUUAAAUUGCGAUUCGUGCAACGCAGACUGCUUUCGGCGGCGGUCGAUUCUUUUGUUCCCGAUCGAAUGGAAUUGAGGUGUUCGAAGAGGAGAGACACGUUGCACACCGAGCAAAUCGAUUCAGCUUGAUCGCACCUGAAUGAGUAAAUUAACUUGUAAUAUGAUCGUAACAGAAGCUUGUAUCGUUAGUGAAGCAUAAACAAAUCGAAGUAUCAGAAACAUUUGCACGCAUGGUUUGUUACCUCUAACGUGUAGGCGAUCGAGAAUCGUUUUCAUCUUUACGUUCGACGAGAAUUUAAUUAAGCAAUACCGGUAUUAAGCGUUAAGUGUUAAUCGCUGUCGAGAGUUAUACGAACGUUACUAUUAAAGAACAAUUGAUUUGGUUGUAACAACUGUAUAUUGAUUGUAUAUAAUUUCUUUAAAAAAAAAAAGAAGAUUUAUAACUAACUGCUAAUUUCCGAAAUAAACUAUGUAUAGUUCGAAUAAGCCGAUCACUCUUGUUUUCCUGUUUCGACCGCGACUCUACACUAAAUGUAAUUCGGUUGAACCAAAAAUAAAGUUACUCGCUAUGAUACUUCCAAUAUCGUGAUCUAACGACAUUCACACGCGGAACAAUAAUAUCUUAACGUACGAAGACCUCUCUGUGUAUAAUAAAAACGAAGAAAUAAUCGAGGACGAUCGUCGAUGAGAUCUAACAACUAAAUACGUAUUACGUACGCAUCGAGUGCUAAUCAUUAAGUUUGUUACGAAUUGAAAUUCCAAACCCGCAGAUCUUUGCAGUAGCGACUUCAAACGUCCUUCGAAGAUUCUAUCCAAACGUUGAUUGUUGACUAAAGGAGAACCGGUGCAUCGAUGCACGAUAAAUCAUGUAGAAUAAUUAUGUACUAUCUCGAACGAGAGAGUUGAACUACUUCCGAGUAUGUAAUUAUUAACGAUGGGAUCGAAUUAAAUCGGUCGGUCUGAUGUUUAUUUUAAUUAUCAAAUGUAUGGUGAAUUAUUUCUUCGUUUUUGUUUGAUUUAUACCGUUUCGUUACCGAUCCCAUUGUUAAGAAUUAUUAAACGUCGAGUGGCGAGCCACGUGUACAGCUAAUAGAUCGAGUAGUCACAUGUUUCAUAUAGACAGAGGAUUCUAGCAAAAACUCUAUGUACGACGAAUGUGGCAAAUUUCAAUUCCUCGUUUCGUUUCCCUACACUUCUUCGUCACCACGAAUUUCUUUGUGAAAUAUUUUAGAUCUUCUAUAUGAUGUUAUAUUGAAAUAUUAAACGAGAGAAUCAUUGAAGUC